CAUGUCAUGUGACGUGUCAAAACCAAAGCGUUUUUCACCAUGUUGUAUUUUUUUGGGAAGGGUUUGUCCUGCCUCCUAUAUUGAGGAUUUCCUACGCGGUUAAUUGUUGAUUCUUAGCCCAGAGUAGUUCUUGAGUCACGUGAACGGGGGGCCUCGGACGUCACGUUCUACGUCAUCGAAGCGAGCCCCGCAACGCGAUUCGCGACGCUUCCUGACUGAACGCGACGCGCUUCGAGGCCUCGACACGGAGCUCAAAAGUUUAUCAUUCUAGCUGUGACGAAACGCGUUACUAGCUAGUCGUACCAUUUCGAGCCUCUUUCUUUUGCUAUGGAGCCAGUAAGAAAGAGGAAAUUUUCUCCAGUUUGGGAUUACUUUGAGCUCACAGGCAACAACAAGGUGAAGUGUGUUUUGUGCUCCAAAGAACUGGGCUACAAUGAUAACACCUCAUCAAUGCUGAGGCACUUCAGAGCCCUGCAUGAGAGCAAAGAGCCCCACCGAAGUGGAGUCAGCUUGGGCGCGAGUGGGAAUGUGGUGAUGGAGGAUCCUCAGCCCUUCUACUUUGUGGAGCAAAAGGAGUUGAAAAAUAAUAUUCAAACUGUGAGCCCGAGUUAUGUUGUCUCCACCAGCCAGGAACCAUCCACAGAAGAGGACCUGGUGAAGCAACAGGAUCAUGACUAUGAGGAGCUGCAUUGUUCUCUUCCAGUCAUCAGCACUGCUUUGUCCAAGUCAGGUUCCACCGGCCCUGAUGAGAGCAGGGUCUCACCAAAGUAUAAAAGACAAGCAAGCGAGGCGAGAGCUUCUGAUGCUCCGACCAGUAUUAGAGAUGACGAUGAACUGUUUCUCUUGAGCCUCCUUCCCUCACUCAAGAGACUGACCAUUAAAAAAAGAAUGGAAGUGAGGAUGAAGUUCCAGCAAGUGCUUUAUGCUGCAGAGUUUGAGAACUAGGUCUUGAGCAUCUCUCCUUUAUAAGGAUGAAUAAGGAUGUUUUUUAUGUAUAGAUCAUCCUGUCUUUCAUAUCACAUUCAGAGAAAGUGUGUAGAAUAAUGUCAUAACUAGGUGGCAUAUGUUCACUUUAUGUAGCUUCCUACAUACGUAUUCAUAGAUUUUAUAUUUUUCUGUGGUUGAAUGAUUUACUCGCCAAAUUCGGAAUCCACAAUGAAAAAGUCGAAAAGUGGAAACUGUUUUGACGAGGGGUGUGAAUGUUAAAAAGUUUGGGAAGUUUGUUGUGAGCUUAUGAUCAGAAACUCUGAAUCAGUGUAUCUGUCCACAUCCUUUCCCAGUAUGUGUUCAAUUGUGUAAAGACAAUGUUUGAAAUUGCAAUUUGGGCAGUUGGUCAUUACAUUAUUGGUAUAUUUAGUGCAAACAAGAUUACUGCAUAGCUUCCUGUAAUCAUAACUGAUGUUGCUAUAUCAAAGUUCAUUUGAGCUAUUGCAUUUUAAGAAUCUGUGAAGCUAGGUCAUGGAAU